AUGGCGGUGAUGUCCUGGGAAUGUGGAUGUGAGGCUGUCACACGUGUAGGGAUUUUGAGUGAAGAUCACUUGCCUUUUACUUGGUUUUGGUUCUGUAUCCAAGACACUGAUUUGGAUGUUUCGUCAUAUGUGUUGUCCAAUGGUUUAGGUACCUCCAGGAAGGAGAUCACAGAACAUUGGGAAUGGCUGGAGCUCAAUCUCUUACAGACUCUAUCGGUCUUUGAGAAUGAAGAGGAUGUGACGACCUUUGUCAAGGGGAAGGUUCAGGGUAUCCUCGCUGAGGAAAACAAAAACAAAGAGGUGAAGGAGGACGAGGAUUCUGGAAAGUUCAAGGAGGCGGAACUGAAAAUGAGGAAGCUGUUUGGAAUGCCAGAGGUGGAGAAGUUGGUGAACUACUACUCAUGCAGUUAUUGGAAAGGCAGAGUGCCUCGGCAAGGAUGGAUUUACCUCAGUGUCAAUCACCUUUGCUUUUACUCCUUCCUGCUGGGAAAGGAAGUGAAGUUGGUAAUCCGCUGGGUUGAUGUGACCCAGCUGGAAAAGAAUGCCACCCUUCUCUUCCCCGAAUGCAUCAAGGUGAGCACUAGAGACCGGGAGCACUACCUCUCCAUGUUCCUCAACAUCAGUGAGACCUUCAAGCUAAUGGAGCAACUGGCCAACAUAGCCAUGAGGCAACUGCUGGAUAACGAGGGCUUCUCCGAAGACAAAUAUCUGCCCAAGCUCAGGAAGUCGCUCAAAAAUGUGUCAAUGCUUAAACGGGACCUAGAUGCUCGGGCCAAGAGUGAGCGAUAUAGAUCCAUGUUUCAGCUCCCAAAAGAUGAGAGAUUGGACGGUCACACAGAGUGCACUCUCUGGACUCCCUUCAAUAAAAUGCACAUCAUGGGACAGAUGUUCGUCUCCAACAAUUAUAUCUGCUUUUCAAGUAAAGAGGAGGAUGUCUGCAAUCUAAUUAUACCGCUACGUGAGGUGACAAUUGUGGAGAAGGCCGAUAGCUCCAGUGUCUUACCCAGUCCUUUGUCCAUCAGUACCAAGAACAAAAUGACUUUCCUUUUCGCUAACCUAAAGGACAGGGAUUUUCUGGUGCAGAGAAUCUCGGACUUUCUACAACGAACGCCAUCUAGGAAACGUUCCAUCAAGGAAGAGCUGCAAAACUCCAAGUGCACAGAAAAUGAGGUUCUCCCGGAGCAGUGCAAAGUGUCCUCACCCAGUCCCUCUACACCAAGUCCAGGUGUCAUCUUGGACAACACUGAAACUGCUCCCACCACCACCCACGCGCUGAUGACCAUCUUCCGAAAAGAGCCAAUGGAGGAACUCAGUCCGAAGAUGGCUAAGGAGAAGAUGAAAGAGGAAUCCUGGAACAUUCACUUCUUUGAAUUUGGCCGUGGGAUUUGUAUGUAUCGCACGUCAAAAACUCGUGAUCUAGUGCUGAAGGGGAUGCCAGAAUCCCUGAGGGGAGAGCUGUGGCUGCUAUUCUCAGGUGCUCUGAAUGAGAUGGUGACACACCCAGGAUACUAUUCUGAACUGGUGCAAGAGUCUAUGGGAAAGUAUAACCUGGCGACUGAGGAGAUUGAGAGGGAUCUGCACCGUUCGAUGCCUGAACACCCAGCCUUCCAGAAUGAGAUGGGCAUUGCUGCCCUGCGGAGGGUGCUAACCGCCUAUGCAUUCCGUAACCCCAACAUCGGGUACUGUCAGGCCAUGAAUAUUGUCACCUCUGUCCUGUUGCUGUACUGCAAUGAAGAAGAAGCUUUCUGGCUCCUGAUUGCACUCUGUGAGAGGAUGCUGCCUGAUUACUACAACACCAGGGUAGUUGGUGCACUGGUGGAUCAAGGUGUGUUUGAGGAUCUGACACGGGAGCACCUUCCCCUCCUCUACGAGUGGAUGCAGGAGCUGGGUGUCAUCAGCACUAUCUCUCUCUCCUGGUUUUUGACGCUGUUCCUCAGUGUCAUGCCAUUUGAAAGCGCCGUGGUAGUGGUUGACUGCUUUUUCUAUGAGGGCAUCAAAGUUAUCUUCCAGGUGUCUCUUGCUGUACUGGAUGCCAACAUGGAGAAGCUGCUGAAUUGUUCUGACGAGGGAGAAGCAAUGACUAUUCUUGGCAGGUACCUGGACAAUGUUUGCAACAAGCAGUGUACAACACCGCCAAUCCCACAUCUACAUGCUUUACUCACCAAUGGUGAUGAUCUUCCACAACAAAUAGACAUCUUUGAACUGAUUAAGUCAUCGUAUGAGAAAUUUGGGUCAAUCAGAGCGGAUGCGAUUGAGCAGAUGCGAUUCAAGCAGAGACUGAAGGUCAUACAGUCACUGGAGGACACAGCAAAGCGGAGUGUGUUUGCCAAGUGGCUGUGCUCGUCUGACUCCGUGAUUGGGCUGUCAGCUCUGUUUGAGAGGGACCAUGAACUGGUUGUGAGAACAGUGUUUGUUUAUUUUCCUCUACUGCCCUCAUGGCUCCCUACUCUUUCCCUGGGAUUAGUGACACUUACCAACUCAGCAGAGACCACUCUUUGGCCAGAGGAGGAACCAGCACUAGAAGCUGCUCAAUACUUCACUGAGGAUCCCUUGGCUGAUGUGUCUCAUGCGACAUACCUUUUGUCAGACAUGGAUUUCCUCCUCAGCCAUGGGGCAUCAGAUGCGGCCACAGGAGUGGAGGUGACUGGACAACAGGUGCCAGACAGGGCUGGAAAUGGGAACGUAAAACAAAAGAAAGAUGAGAAGACUGGUUCACAAGAUUACAGAUAUCACCUGAGGCUAUGGGCUCGUGAGAAAGAAAACCCAAAGGACAACAUUAAAGAGUUGACUAAAAUGAACCAGGAACAGUUUAUAGAGAUGUGCAAAACCUUAUACAACAUGUUCAGUGAGGACCCAGCUGAGGGAGAGCUCUACCACGCCAUAGCAACCGUUGCUACGCUGCUGCUCCAGAUCGGAGAAGUCGGCAAACAGUUCUCCAGCCCGGCGUCUAGGAGGGCAAACGACAUGGGGGAUCACAAGGGCUUGGGCAUCCAGAGUAAGGACGGGGUCUCCACUCCAGAAGAGGCAAAGGCUGAAGUGGCUCAGACCAACGUCAAAGCAGACUAUGAAUCAGGUGUAUUAAGUGACACAUUGAAGACCCAGAUGGAACGCAUGAAGCUGGCCGAGUGCGUGGCCACAAGGAGGGAGACCUCGACAGUGCAGUCGUUAACUGAUGAGGAGGUGAGGGAUGACACUUCAAUGUCCUCAUACUCUAUGGUGAGCUCUGGCUCCCUCCUGUGUGAAGACAUCUCGGAGGACACAGUCCUGGUUGGCUGUGAGCAAGCAGCAGCGGCCCAGGGGCGGCCCAGUGCCAUUGACAUGGAUUGGUCCAUCUCUUUCGAGCAGAUUCUGGCCUCGGUGCUGACCGAACCAGCUCUUGUUGGGUUCUUCGAGAAGCGGGUGGACGUGGGUCCCAAGAUUGCAAAGUGCAAGAGUCAAAGGGCAAUGGAGCGGCAGGUCAGCUCAUCCAGUGACCAGGAACUAUCGCCGAUGUCCAGCUGACUCAAAACUGCCCCCAACCCGUGUCCUGACGCUGAGAGGAACUUAGUGUUGGUAUCGCUGUCCUACCUGGACCAUGUUUUAUCAACCGGUGUAACUACCACAUGCUAGAAGUUUGUAUUCUGUCAAGGGAGAGAUUUCAGGGCUGUGAUCUUGAUUAGCUUCCAGUGGCCUGUAGGCAAAUCCCUCCCUCUCCAAGUCAGAGUCAAAGUCCUUCUCAAGCCAGAGAAUCAGCCACUGAUGAAACUUAUGGAUUGAGCUGAUUUCUGUCUCUAGUGCGGCCCUAUUUUCACCUACCUUAGAGCAAAUAUCCUAAAACACACCUUAAACCCAGACUAGAGGCAAAGGCAAGUCACUGACAUAGGCUCAGUGCUCAGCUUCCCAUUCUUUUUAAAGACAAAGUAUUGUAUCUAUAAACAACAGGAACUGAAUAUAAAAUCAAAAGAGAAUCAGUUUUAUUACUAAGGUUAUAUUAUUUGCCCAGGUAUAGCCACGCUGAAAGAUAGCUUGCUACUAACAGCUUGUAGAGCAGACUUUUAGUUGUAAAAGUUAUUUGUGCCUAACGCUGUUGCUGUUUUGAAAGCACCUCUUAAGUGACAAAAACUAAUAAGUUGCCUUCCGGUAGUCAGGGUAUACAUUUGUGCACGUGCGCAUUCAUUUCAUGAACAGAGUGAAUUAUUCCAGAUGAACCUGGGAUGGAAACAAGAGGGAAGGUUGAAUGAUCUGAGUUUUUAACACUGAACAAAGCUGUGAAGAAGUAACCAGAGCAGUAUUUUGGAAGGGGUGGUGUGGGUGGGGACACCGUAUUUGAGCCCUAACCUUUCAGUAUUUACAGGUUGGGAGUCCAGCAUUAAUUAAAUAAAGCCAGAUUUAAGAUCUCCCAGCACUUUCCGUUCAAACACUAUGGAUCAGAAAGGGUGGAACUUAAAAUCAAAACCAAAAUCAUUUCAAGGUGAAUAUUUGUUAAUUUUGACCCUAUAGAUUUUUAUUGUAAUUAAUUGUGGGUCAGAGAGGGGUUAGCACAAGCUGAGAGUCUCUGGCAGUUCAUGGGUAAGUAAUAUUUUGCUUUUAUUAGGUUUACUCUAUUUGGGACAGUCUAGAAUUUGAUUGAGAAAUAUAAGAUUUGGAAUCCAAAUCUGGUGAAAUGACCAUUGACUGUUGAAGAUUAAAGGAAAAGAUGUUUACUAGAGUUCAUCCAGUUAAACUUUAAACAUGCUGUUUGAGAAUAAGCAGGUAUGGUACUCGCCUAGGGUGCUGGGGACAGCAGGAAUUGUGGAACAUUAGGGCCAUGCCCGAGCUGAAGACACUGAGGCAAAUUUUAUCCCUGGAGUAUGUUUCUCUUGCUUUUCUAUACAUUGUUAUUCAGUAACUUGUAGGCUCCACCCUGCUUGCUGUAUUAACUGUACUUGAAGCUUCUGCCUGCCAGGAGUUCAUGGGUUUCUACUAACAAUGACCUAUGAAGGAUACUUGGCUCCAUCAUGCCUGUACUGACUGUCUUCUCGAAAGUUUAUCAAGAACUAAUGAUUCAUUUUAAUCUCUGAAUAUAUUCAGAAAUGUAUAUUUGGGACCGGGUCUGUUUUGGAUGACUUUCCUGAACAGUGCCCUGUUCUCUAAUUAAACUUCCUUUCUUUCUUAGUGCCAUUUCUGCCCUUGAUAGUUAAUUCACUAAUGGGUGGCAGCUGUCAGUAACGCUACAGUUCUAACACACUGUCUCUUAUGGGAGUAUAAGGGGAUGGAUAUAAAACUGAAAGUGCUUCCUGUUUUCAUUUCACUUCCUAUGAAAACAGAAUUGUAGCAGUAUCUGAGCGCACAAAAUGCUGAAAAUGCAUGUGAUCAUCCUUCAUCAUCUGUGAAGACAGGUUUUUUUUUGAAAAGUAUUUUAAAAGGGUAGUCACUUUAACAUAAUGAAGACUUGUAGAUUCAGUUCUGAUAAAUUGCAUAGGCUGCCCACUUUUCACUUUCUUUUUCUCAUCCCCAAAUUGUGUAGCUUGGGAGGUUUGUUUCAGUGGUUGAAACUCCUUUGCUAUUUCUGAUUGUAUGCUUGUGUCAACAGUAUUUGUUUUGGCAUUUCCAUUUCCUCGUCCUUCACUCACUGAGCAUCUGUGCUUGCCUUUCAGUAUACAAUAUCCUUUUAUUUGUCACGUGUGCCCCAUUGUAGCAGUACAGUGAAAAACUUUUGCAAAAUGGAUUAGUCCUGUGACUCCCUUGCAAUCAAAAUAGCAGUAGAGAGAAGGUUUUUUUUAUUUUCAAAUACUUCUUUGCACUUUAAUAUAAACACUAGGAUUAUGUCGAUAUUUUUAAAUGCUUAUGUUGUAAAGAACACCUCUUUUGAUUGUAUUUUACUACGUAUCCCACUGGGUGCAAUAAAAUAUACAAAUAAGAAUUUCAAGAGUGUGGGGGGAGAAAAAGUUCACGACAACAUGUUUUAUUUUGGUUUUUGCAAUUUGUGGAUUCCAAACACAUAAGUAUGAUUUUUACUCAAAUAGUCGCUUUAAUGUAAUAAAACAAAGAACUGCAGAUGCUGAAGAUCUGAAACAAACAAAAACAGAAAUUGCUGGAGAAGCUCAGCAGAAGGGUCACAAGACUGUGAACAUUAACUCUGUUUUCUCUUCACAGACGCUGCCAGACCUGUUGAGUGUCUCCAGCAAUUUCUAGUUACUUUAAUACUUUGCUAGAAUGGAGGAAAAUUAAAAUAAUUUGUGUUGUAAUAAGAGCAGUUUAUAAAUUUCUCUCUUUUUUUUGUCCAGCCCUUGAUUUGUUGCUUAAACAGCUGGAUUUACAAUCUCAUUGUUUGAGAGAAGAGGUGAUAGAAGAGGGGAUUAAUAGAUAUGAGUAUUAGGGCUAAAGCUGUGUAUCUUCAUCUCAAACCUUGAUGUUAUUGAUGUCCAGACUGGGAUUGGGGGGGUGCUUACCAACUCUGAUUUGAUGUAUUGCUGGAGGUUUUAAUCAUGUGACCUGUACCUGUCCAGACCUCCCUCCCCACUGUCCCAGCAUUAACUGUUCAACCUUGUGGCGUCUCACGUCCAAUCAGAGGGAACAGACUCUGUCAUCCAACUGUCAGUCAGAUGGCUUUUUAAUUGCUAAUGUUGCUUGAAGACAAUUGGAUUAUUUUGUUUAAGGCAACCCCCCUGAUCUAGAAGAUUAGUCUUCCAAUCUUGGUGACUCCAGUUCAAGGCUGGAGGGCUGGUUCCUUACUCCGACAUGAUUUCCUUUAUUUGUGCCAUAAUCCAACGUGAACACUUCUAGAUUAUUAUAUAUUUACGUAAACUUUUUUUUAAUAAAAGCAAAGUUGCAAUGCAUGUUUUAUCAAUUUGUUUACACCUGCAUUGGGACCUUGUUCAUUUUCUUCUCAUUUCCAAACCAGCUCCAUUCUGCAUGAAAAUUUUUGUGAUAAAUAAAAGCAAAGUUUUGCAAAUACUGAAAAUCCGAAAUAAAGAAGAAACUAACAGAAAUGUUCAAGUUCUACGGAGAAAGAAAUGAAAAUUAAUGUUCAAAUCAAAUUUAACUCUUCAGAACAGUCGGGAUAAAAUGGCAUUUGUGACUCAAGAUUCAUUUUCAAAAUAAAACUUUGCUUUAGUAAUUUCUGAAAAAGCAGGUUGACAAAAUUGAUUCCUUAUGGUACCAACUGACUCAUUGGAACUGAUUUUAUUUCUUUGGAUGUGAAAAGGAGGCAGGGUCAAUUUACAACAUUAAAGGCAAAGUACUGCAGAUAAAGGAGAUCUGCAGUAAAGGCUGAAAUUGCUGGUGAAACUCAACACAUCUGGCAGUGUCUAUGGAGGGGGAAACAAAGUUAACAUUUUGAAUCCAAAUGACUUCUUCAGAACUCUCUCUCUGUCUUUCCCCCACCCUCGCUCCCUCCACAGAUGCUGUCUGAUCUGCUGAGAUCCUCCAGUACUUCGAUUUUAUUCCAUUUGCAUUCAUGUAUGUCAUGUUUUAUUGCUGAUUUUGUAUGGCACUUAAGAACAAAAGUUCACUUUCCAGAAAUGCUCAGAGGAGAAUCUAUUUGCAAGUGGUGUUUUAUGCAAGGGGUUAACACCAGUUCAGUAAUGAAAUAAAGACACUGGAAAUUUCAUUUUGCUUUUACUUAUCUACACCUUUGGAAUUCUACAUACUGUCUAUAUGCUGUUAAUAAGUGUACCUUAAUUAUUAUUCGCUGAGUAGUCUUAAUUGCAUUCUUGGCUGUCAAUUAAUUUAUUUUGAAUAAAAGGCAGAUGUAAUUAGGAGUUUUUUGUUAUUACUGUACUGGCCUUGUUGGUAUUGGUCUGGUUACUGGAUCAGGAUCGAAUUAAAGUCAAAAUUUAUCACUUUAA